GAUCUCGCUCCCCGGGAAUUGCUCAACUAUACAUAUCUCUCACGUCCCGGACGCCGCGGAACACGCUCUCUCGACCAUCUGGCGUACAAUAUUAUGAGUGAUCGACGCAUACACAAAGCCGCUAGACGGGCCGACCUCGACGCGUUGCGACGAGAGCUCGCGAAAGGCGUCUCGCCAAACGCAUCAGGUCAGUAUGGCCGGACGCCUCUCCACUGUGUGUGCCGCCGCGCCGGCAACACGAAAGCACGCGUCGCCUGUGUACCUAUGCUCCUCCAAGCGGGAGCGGAUGUUAAUGCGCCGGACGCGGACCAGUACAUACCGCUUCAUUUCGCUGCCCGCCAGAGCAACGCGAUCGUCGUCGCCGCCCUGCUCGAAGCCGGCGCCGACGUGAACCGGGGCGACGCAUACGGUCAAACGCCUCUUCACUUGGUGUGGCAUAGUAUUGAAGUCGGGUCUGCAUUACUGCUCCUCAGACACGGCGCCGCGGUCAACGCGCAAGACGAUUCGGGGCGCACGCCCCUGAGCAACGCAAGUUACAUUGACUCGGAGUCCCGCCGCCGCCUCGUCCCGAUCCUCCUCCGCGCCGGCGCCGCCCUCCCCGCGCACACGACCAACGCGUACCUCCAGAAAGUGAUCGCCGCGGGCGGCUUCGGCCGCUACGAGCGCAACCACCUCGACGCCCUCGCCGCAACGUUCGCCCCGCAUUUCUCCCACCUCCCGCCGGAGAUAGUCCGCCUCGUCGUCGAGUACGCCUUCCACGCGGGCUACUACUGAGUAAACAAGCAACA